UGUUUACAGCUUUGGAGUUGUUGCGCUGGAGAUUGUCAGUGGUAAAAGCAACACAAAUUACAGACCAAAGGAGGAGUUUGUUUACCUUCUCGAUUGGGCAUAUGUCCUACAAGAGCAAGGAAAUCUGUUAGAACUUGUGGAUCCAAGUCUUGGUUCGAACUACUCCCAAGAAGAGGCAAUGAGGAUGUUAAACUUGAGUCUUUUAUGCACCAACCCAUCUCCUACCCUCAGGCCAUCCAUGUCUUCUGUGGUGAGUAUGCUUGAAGGCAAAAGUCCAAUCCAAGCGCCACUAAUCAAGCGCAGUGCCUUCAAUGAUGAUUUGAGGUUCAAAGCUUUCGAGAAGCUAUCACAGGACAGCCAAACACGCGUGUCCACAUUCUCUCACGACAGUCAGGUGCCAAGGAGCACAUCAAUGGAUGGGCCAUGGAUUGAUUCCUCAAUUUCUAUCAAUACUAAAGAUGAGACCGGAGACAGUUCAUCAGCAAACAAGCUUCUUCCUGAUCUGUAUGAUGUAAAAUUAGACUGAAUAAUGAACACCCGAUACAUAAUUGUCAAAUCUUUUAAUUUAUCAUUAUAUAAAUAUUGGGGAUGCUUUUGUAAAUGAUAUUUAUAGUUCUAGUUUAGGAUUCAGAGGUCAUAGAAUGGGGUAUAUGCAAAAUGUUUUUCCUAUUUGUUCACAUGUUUUUGUGUAAUAAGGUCGCUGCUGGCAUUUAUGCACUUGUUUUUACCAAAGAUUAUUUCAGUUCUAUGUGUAAAAUAUUACGUUAAAUGGUUGAAAAAUAUGUUUGAGUUCCGGGAAGCAGUCUCUUCAAAAUAGGCGAAUCAUUUCUCUCUUGAUGAACUCGUUAAAGGCAGAAAGGCUUGUAUAUUUGUAUAUUUGGUACGACAUUACAACACUUGUAUUCAAAAUUGUCCUUCAUUG